GGGUAGGAGCCUGUAUGAGGGAGCAAGCACGCCUAAGCUUUCAUGAUGGCCGAUGUAGUGCAAGAUGUCCUCUCUGGGAACACGUCCAGCCUUCAGCACGUGUGGUCGCAAGUCGGCAUCACGAGUACCUACGUCACAUCACCCAGUGGUGCACUCAACGCUCUCGAAGUGGUCAGCGCGGCUAGCCUGUUCCUGCUCAUCAGUACAUUAGGAUCGAGCUACAGAAACCUGAGUCUCCUUCAGCUGGUGUCCUUCUCGUACAGCCUACUGGGACUGCACAUGCUUUGCGUAGGACUCAUCAGCGUGCAGUUCACCUACGUCAUCACGAACACAAUAUACUACGUCUGUUUCAACUACGGUGCUGCACUUGCCUACCUAGUGUGCGCAAUAUUUGCCAUCUCCAUCGGACUGAACCCCCUCAAGACCACGACGUCCUUGGUUAGUGUGGCAUUGGCACUGGCCUGCAUGUUCUUGCAUUUUGGACAUGGCGUAUACUGGAGCAAGAGCGCACCGACGUCUGCUCCACUCAUUGGGGUAACUGAGCUGCCUGCAGAUCGCACAUCAACAAUGAUGGCUUGAAACUGUGUAGACGUGACAGAAUAAACUGAUGUUUCUGAAA